UAUUGUCUUGCAUCCAAACUUGUUUAUGGCAGCUUCAUUUUUCGAAUAUUCCUCGACUUAAACACUUCUAAGCUAGUUGCAGCUUGGGAGCUGUUCACACAACAUCAUGUCUUCCAGAAUAAUUUUAGUGUGCAUUCUCGUAUUCAGCAUUUAUUUCUUUGACUUAACACGAGCCAUCGGAGAAGGAUAUCCGCUUAAGAUAAGUCACCCAGACGGAUCGUAUUUUCGACAGGAAUCGGUGAUCCCGGAUGCUGAGGGAAAUCCGCAGGUCGAAGGAGAAGUUCGACAAAUCUUCUCUGAACCGCAUUCAGGAACCUUUACUCAUCUCUAUAAAACCGGAUCCAAGGAAUUCAGGGUACAAUAUUCCUUUGAGAAGUCUUCAAUGUCGAAACUCGCUAAAAAUGAUACAUUCUCAAUAAAACGAUUAGGAGUAAACGCUCUGAAGUCAACAGCAGGUUGAAAGAAAUAAAAAUAAAACACUGUAAAAAAAAUGAUUGACAAUUUGCAUACCUUAAGACAAAUUGUCGGAAUUGGAAAUGAGUAUGAGCCUACAUUAGUUUUUGACAUUUUGGACACACUGCUUAGUUGAAUAAAAUCAAAAAAU